AUGAGGCUCACGGUCGAGCUCCUCCAGAACUCCCCCUCAUGGCUCAACGCGCUGAAAGAGCGCGAGCUCGAGCUACGAGGACAUCGGAUACCCGCCAUUGAGAACCUGGGAGUGGCAGGACCGCAAGAUGCGAUAGACCUUGUCGACAACGACAUCCAGCUUCUGGGCAACUUCGCGCUUUCGCCGAGAAUACGCACGCUGCUACUGGCGCGGAAUCGCGUCGCCUCGAUUCAGCCUACGCUCGCCAAGUCGAUCCCCAACCUCACCAACUUGCAGCUCGAGUCCAACAACCUGACGGAGCUGGCUGAUCUGGACACUCUGGGCUCGUUCCCGCGGCUGACGCACUUGGUGUUGAGGGACAAUCCGGUGACGAAGAAGGAGCACUACCGGUACUGGACUCUUUGGAGAUGCCCAUCCGUGCGGUUCCUUGACUACGAAAAGGUGAAGGACGCCGAGCGGAAACAGGCGGCCGAAUUGUUUGGCACGGCUGAGAAGCCCACGGAGUUGGCGUCGAAGAUCAUGGGCGUGAAGUCAAAGACCUUUGACACCUCGGCGUCCAACGGUUCGACUGGUCUCUCGACUAGGAUGUCGAGGAUCAAACUGACGGACAUGGAGAAGAAAAGGUUGCAGGACAUGAUCAAGAAGGCCACGAGCUUGGAUGAGAUUACCAGAUUAGAGACCAUGCUGAGGGAAGGACGGGUACCUGCCGGCAUCCACGUGGUGGACGAGAUGGAGUAG